CCCGGGUGCCUUGGUGUGAAGCCCAACUCAGCAGUUCUGACUGCGGCGGGGUUCUCUUCACGUCUCAUCGCCAACUUUACUACGCCCUCAACUACUGUCUAUAACACCCAAAGAAUCCAGUCCCGUUAUGUAAGAACCGUCUCAAAGAAGGAACACCGAAGGAAUACCGCCGACAACGUGCAGCAGAUUCAGUCGACAGUCGACAUCACAACCAUGGAGCCGCCGUUUGACGCAUACUCGAACCCACACAACUUCCCCCUAACAGUACAUUAUCAGUCCGAAUACCUCCCAUCUCCUCAAGCAUCGGAGCAGGCAGACCAGCAGCGGAGCCAUGUCACAACCACGAAACACAAGCAGGCUUCCCCUUCCUGCUCCAGACCACCCCGUGUGUCAAAACCUCUAGCCUGUACCGCAUGCCGGAGGAAAAAAGUCAAGUGCCAUCCCAACGCCGACGGUCGACCAUGCCGUCUCUGCCUCCGCGCCGGGAAUGGUGCGGAGUGUACUUACCCGGCCAUCGACGAGCGGAAACUCUCCAACUCGCGUAAGCUCAUCGGCCAGCUCUACGGCCGCAUCGCCGCACUUGAAGCCGCGAUCCGGAACCACCGGUGCCACACGCUGCCCCCGGAGGCUGGAGGAAUUGAAAUUGGAGCGACGGCGACGGCGACGGCGACGGCGACGGCGGAUGAAUGGCUCGCGCAGCAAGGACGGCCUCUCAUGCCGUCGCGCCCACCGUUAGCACCGCUUGGGGGAGCCGAGGGGGGGCCGCAUCACCUGGAAUCCGACCCGCAUAGUCCCGUGUCGUCGACGACGGGGACGUCCGGCGCUGAGGAUAUGAUGUUCAUGUUGUGUGGGGAGGACCGCUCGAUGGGUUAUGCGAGCUUCCACUUCACGGCCACCACUGGAAUGGAGCGUGUCAUCCGACACGUUCAAGUUGACACUCGGAGACUCGGUCGCAACUAGGCCGCCCAAGGUUGUGCCGGAUGGAGUCCCCCCCAGCCCCUGUUUCCAGCGUUCGUCGGGUCAAUCCAUCAUACCGACUCACACCGUUCGACUUGCUUGCAUUGCCUUGCAUCCCAAGCCAAAGUUAGUGAGAGAUAGACAGUUUAGCCAUUCCCGGGCGAGGGUAUCCUAUGACCUAUCCCCGCAAUUUGGCUGCC